GGGCAGAGUAAUGAGUAAUCAUAUAAAAGGUGUUGGCUUCUUGGUAACACUUGUCGGCUGCUCGCUCUCAUUGCACAGCUCACUCUCCCUCCCUCCUUCCAUAUCCCCAAUCCAUGUUUCCCCCUCUCUCUAUAUCUUCCCACUUCCUGGAAGUGCCGGAUUUAUUAGGGUUCAAGAUUCUGUGUUUUACGAUUAUUACCCCAUACAUACCUUUGCCCGAACCAGAUAAACCCACCUCUUCUCUUUUACUAAUUUUUUUCUUCGCCCCUAUGAAUCGUCGUCGUCUUCACACCGCCUGAUCGAGUACACACACCCCUGUACUCGGACAUCCUCAUUCUUCUGAUUCUGACACAAAUAUCUGUCGGGCGGGCGGGCGGUCCUUGUUUCUUCCGAAGAUGACGCGAAGUUCCUACACUUUCAAGUCUUAAAGGAGGGAUCUUUUUCUCUGUUUGGGUUGAUUUGCAGGAAUCGAUGGGGCUGUCGUGGAAGAAGGCUAAGAGGACCGCCAUAAUCUGCCAAAUGCUGAAAGAUCAAUUCAACCAACGCAAGAACGCCGCCGCCGCCUCGCCUCUGGUCGUCGAAACCGGCUUUCCCACUUCCCUUGUUGAUCUCAUCGUCAAUCAUCGCGACCGCUUCAAGAAGCCCUCUCCCUCUGCCCGCUUCAAUAACAAAAGCUCGCCGCCGCAGCCGAGUGCCGGUGAUCCAAUUUUAUUGCCUCUGCCACCGUCUCUGGCGCCUCCAUCGCCAUCUGAAACCCCAAUCGCUACAUCGGGAACCCGUGAAAACGAAGGUCUGGCCAUCGGCGGUCAAGAUGGAGAAGCCAAUUCCAACAAAGUGCUUUCGGGCGUUCUUUCAAUGUUCCUGUUGGUAGGUUUGGCUCUGGGAGCUAAGAAAUUCGCGGUCGGGAUCACAUUAUCGGCGUUCCUAUUAGUCAUACUCGAUUACUUGGCUAGAAACAUGUUUCAAUACGAGAUACCUGCAAUUUUUACGAAAUCGCGUGAGAAUUUGAGGUUGAUGAUGAUUGUCGCUCAUAGAUUUAUCAUCAGUAGAAGAGCCUCUAAACUAGAGGAAGAGGUUGCUGUUCUUGAUGACGGCGAUGAUGGGAUGAACGACCCAACGGAUGAAAUCCACGAAAUUGUUGAGGAUGAGGCAAAUAAAGAUCCAUCUUUGGAUGACAGAUGUGCUAUGGGUGACCUAAUUGAGGAAGAUCAUGGUGAGGGUCCCCAACCCAAGAGAGGAAAGUCUCGCAGGGCUAAAAUCCGAUCAAAAAUGAAGAAACUUUUCCCUUCGAAGAAGACGGCCCGAAAAGACUCAAAAUUGGAGAAGAAGAAUGUAACUGGAGAAGUUAAGCCGCCUCCAACGCGUCGUAAAGAGACUGAAUUGGAAUGCGAUGAUGAGGAGGCGAAAGAUGCCCCCUUUUCUCCUCAAGGUGUAGAAACAAGGGAGAGUAGUGGUUACCUGCUGCUGAUUCUUGUUAUGGUUGCUCUUGCUGGUGUGGUUAUGGGAGGCCGGAUUUAUGCUCUUUUCUUUACCUUGACAUGCUGCUUCCUGUCGAAACCAAUCGAAGCUAGAGCUACAAGGAGAGGUUUAAUUAAAGCUAAGAAGAUCUCUUAAUUAUAUUCCACAGAAAUGCUUAUCCUCCUCGACACUCACUAUACAACCAUUACAACGUAUGGUUUUACAGAUCUGUUACUGUAAGAAUAGUCCUUAACUUUGAUGGAUUUAACUUUGUUGGAUGGAAUAUUCAACCUUUGGUUGGUGAUUAUUCAACUGUGGUGGUAACUGUACCCUGACCUGUAUGUAAAUUUACAGAUACAAGCAGGCUUGACAUACUAUGCUAACAUUAUAUACACACUCAGUUCUUGAAUCAAAUUCUUCAUUGCUCAUGAAAAUGCCUCUUUCUGUAUUAUC